UGAGGUGACAUGCGCAGAUUUAACGUGUUUUCGGUUCUGCAUGUUCCUUACCCAGGUGAGACAUUGUAGGAAGAGGACUUUGUACUGCCUAUAAUAAAAGCAGUGUCAGCCCAGUGACAGUGGAAGGCUGAAGUAACCAGAGGGAGAAGAAGGGAGGCAGAGACAAGAUGAUGGUGGGACUCGCAGUUGUGGUGGCUGCCUGCUGCUGCCUGGCAGGAGUGCGGGGACAAGGAACUGAAGACUUCACACAGCCCCCUAGUAUCAAUGUACAGGCCCCCAAGGUGUUCAUAUACAGACAAAAAGAAAGUGUGGAGUUGCCCUGUGUAGCCUCAGGAAGUCCACAACCUUCAUAUUCAUGGUACAAAGACAAGGAGUAUUUGGAGAUAGGAAAUCUGCCGCGUUACACCCUCCAACCCAACAUAGGCACGCUGGUGAUCACUGACCCCGAGGACAAGGACCAGGGUUACUACCAGUGCAAUGCCACCAACGCCUUUGGGACGUCGCUCUCAGUAAAAACGAGGUUAUGGAAAGGAGUUUUGGAGCAGUUUCCGCCCGUUACCGUGCCAACUGUACAUCGUCCCAUAGUUGGUGCCUCCUUGAAAUUGACAUGUAGCCCACCUACCAGUAACCCAGAUGCUGAGAUCUACUGGAACGUCAAUAAAAUACCCCUAAAACUAGACGGAAGAGUUUCCAUAGAUUAUGAUGGUAACCUUUACUUUGCCAAUAUUCUGCCAGAGGAUCAACAGAAUGGAAACAUUUACCGCUGUGUGGCAUACAACAGUCGUCUCAGUGCCACUGUAGAGGGGGAAGAUGCUGUGAUCUAUCCACAGGGAUCCAUGCAGUCCAUAGUGCGUACCAGGCCGCAUUCCCUGUACGCGACGCCAUACGAAGUCUCGGCACUCCGUGGAGGGAGAAUUGCAAUCAAGUGCAUAUUUGGCGGAUAUCCCACACCCAGGAUUAUCUGGAGGCGGACAGAUGGACGUCCACUGUCCCCUAGACACAGACUGGUCAGCGAUGGUCAAGAGAUAUGGAUUCAGCCAGCAACAUUUGAGGACGAAGGGACGUAUUCUUGUGAAGCCACAAACAGUGAAUCUGAUGUGCCGGUUAACAGUAUUUUUAGGGUUACAGUGGAGUCCACUCCUUACUGGAUUAACGAGCCAAUGGAUGUGAAUGCGGCAGAGGAGGAAGACGCUGAAUUUUUUUGCCGUGCUGAGGGAAUACCUGCCCCAAGAGUUUCCAUGUUUAUUAAUGGAGUACCAAUUGAGAAUGUAAAUAACCCAAGGCUGCAGGUUGGACAAGAUAAAAUCAUCUUCAAGAACUUGACUAAGUCUGACACUCUUGUUGUACAGUGUAAUGCUACAAACAAGUUCCAAGAUGGCUAUGUCUAUGGGGAUGCCUACCUCAAUGUCUUAGCUGAGGAGCCAUCCUUCCUGCGUCCGCCACCUCUGAUCCAGGAGGUCCCAGCAGACAAGUCCACCAUCAUCCCGUGUCAGGUGUUUGGUGCCCCCAAACCUAGGAUAUCAUGGACGCGGAAUGGAGUAGAUGUCAGCGGCGGUGCCAAGUAUACUAUACAUCCAAGUGGAGACUUGGAAAUUAAGAAUGUGCAGUCAUCUGAUGGGGGAGAGUACGCCUGUCACGCCUCCAACAAAUUUGGCAGUGGCUUCAGAGAUGGGCGUCUGGUUGUCAGAGCUCCCACCACCCUCCUUACGGUGCCCCAGGACCAAAUGGUGGAACUCGGCAGCAACGUGAAGUUUGUCUGCACUGCCAGGACAGAUCCUGAGAAGAUGAGCAAGCUGGAGAUGUACUGGCUCAAAGACAGCGAGAGAAUCAACCUGAACCAGGCGCAGAGGUUGUACGAGAACUACAUGGACAAUUCCUUGAUCAUCAGUGAUGUGAAUCUGCUGGACUCUGGGAAGUACACUUGUGUGGCGAAGAAUGGCUUGGAGAAUGAUCAGUCCAAUCAUACUGCUACCUUGGUGGUACAAGGUCGUCCCGAACCUCCAAAAGUCGUAACAAUCAUGGAAUGUGGCACGCAGCAAGCUCGAGUGUCCUGGAGCGCUGGCUCUGACAAUUACGCCCAGAUUCUCAAGUACCGUAUUGAGUACAAUACCACCUUCACGCCAGCCACCUGGGUGGAGAUCAGGACCGUCAGCGCUGCGAACAGUCAGCAGUACCUUCCUCUCUCGCCCUAUGUCAACUACACCUUCCGUGUUCUCGCCCAGAAUCGUAUUGGCUGGAGCCUGCCCAGUACGCAUUCGAAGCAGGUGUGCACGACCCCGCCCGCGGCGCCCUCUCAUAACCCCGAGAACGUGGAGACGUGGAACACAGAGUGGGAUCAGUUGCACAUCAGAUGGACGCCCAUGGCCCCAGUGGAACACAAUGGACAGGGAUUCCACUACCUGAUCACAUACUACAGACUGGACAUUCCCAAUGACAUUAUAAAGAGUGUGAGGAUCGAUGACUGGACCCAAAGAGAGCUCAGGAUUGAGAACACGCCCUUCUAUACUCCAUACGCCAUCAAAGUGCAGGCGAUAAAUUCCAUGUCUGCUGCUCCUGAUGAGCCGGCUAUUGUUGGGUUUUCUGGAGAGAGCACACCACUGGUGGCCCCAACCAACUUCAUGUUGAACCCCAAUGUUGCUGUCACGUCCAACAAGGCCAGUUUUAUAUGGGACGCUGUGGACCCUGAGAGUGACCAGAUUAGAGGCUUCAUGAGAGGCUACCAGAUUCAGUUCUGGCUGGAGGAGGAGGGAGAGCAGGGAAUGAGAACCGAGUACAUCUACACGCGAGAUCUCGCUCUGGAGGGGAGGAACUGGGUCGACAAGAUACGCACCAAACGGCAGACGCCUCCCAAGAUGGAGGCCACGAUAAGUAACUUGCCUUCCUCACAGCGUAUCGUCGCCCAAGUUCGUGUGAUUAAUAAGAAGUAUGCAGGGCCACCCAGCAAUAAGAUCAUUAUACAGACGCCAGAGGGAGUGCCAGGUCCUGUGCAGAACUUCCAGUUUGUUCUUGUUGGUCCAAACCACAUUAAGCUUCAGUGGAACAAGCCUGCUGAACCCAAUGGCCAGAUCACAGGCUAUGACAUUGGCUACAGGACAGUCACUGGGCUGUCCCUGGGAGCCAUCCAGUACAAAGAACCUGCAAUGACAAUUGGACCAGAUGAUACCAGAGACCGCUUUACAGCUACAAUCACAGGAAUGAAGUCCUCAACACGGUACAGGGUGUAUGUGUGGGCGCGCACGAAUGUGGGGCGUGGUGAACAAGACUUCUUAGAUGCAGCUACUCUGGAGCCUUCAAGCCCAGGUAAACCUGACUUCAGGGCUGUCGCUGGACCAUGCUCAUCAGUGGUGGACUGUCCAAUCAACGUGACCUUCAUUCCGGCCAGUGUGAACCCUGGGGGUGCUUUCUAUGUCCAGUACAGGAAGAAAGGCACCAAUAUGUGGAUGAACACUUUCACGGAGACGGACAGAAUGUGGAGGAAUAUUUCUAAGCUGGAUCCUGGGACCACGUACGAGGUCCGUCUGGUGGCCAUGAACAGCAAACAGUACAGCACAGCCAGCGAUGUAAAGGGGAUAGACACCUUAGGUUCAGCGAUGUCUAUUGGAUAUAUAGGCACAGCAGGCUGGUUCUAUGGAAUGAUUAUUGCCAUCUUGGCCCUCAUCCUUAUCUUGAUAGUAGUCUGUGUGCUCAGGAGGAAGAGAGGGGAGAAUUAUCCAGUCCAUGAGAAAGAACAGUUGAGAGGUCCAGAAUUUGAACAACACGAAGGAGGCUUUGGGGAAUAUCAACGAGGGUACGACAAUGCAUACUAUCAAAGAGCUACAACUUCGUAUGUGACACAGCCAUUAAUGCGAUAUCCACCUCCUGCCAGGAACCCAGAAUACGACAGCGAUAUCAAACCGGAAGAGAGCGAUGAAGACAGCAUGGAGGAAUAUGCAGACACGGACCCCAGCAAGUUCAAUGAAGAUGGCUCUUUUAUUGGCCAGUAUGGCAAAAAACCACCUCCGCCAAAUGACCAUGAUGACCACGGGCAGUCUGCAUUGUCCACUUUUGUGUAGUUGGUGCCUGUUGUAUGUGUGUAAAUAUGGACAUUUUUUUGUGUAGAAGAAGAGAUGACCUUGUAGUUCAGCUCACCAUUUUUUAUGCAGGAAAUCUCUAACUUUCACAUGACUCCUUUGUAGAUUGAUUAAUAAAUCUACAUGUAAAUAAAAAUUGUAGUGCUAGGAACUUUGGAGAGCAUUUUAAGGCAAUGGAGAUAUUUCUUAUCCAAGUUGUUCCUUUCGCCUCAUUGGGGUUUAUCACUAACAGGAUGCUUCAGUAGAAAAACUACAAACAGUACAGUUUUUCUGUAUGUGUCAUAUGAAUAGUUUUACAUUUGUUUUAUUUUUUUUAUUUACAUAACCACAUCUUUUAACUCCUAAUAUAAUGUGUUUAAACAAGAGCUAGUGUCACUUAGUGAUGUUUUUUUCUCUACAUUUAUAACUUGAUUUUAUGGUUGUGAUUGAUAUGUAUUUUAAUAAAUUGCUAAAUUUAAAAUUCAACAGUGCACAUCAUUAAAUGUAUGCUUUCAGUUUUUGGCAUUUCUUAAUGAACUGAGGAGCACUAUAACAGACAUGCUCUCUAAAUAUUGAAGGUACUUCAAAUAUUUUACUAUAAUUGCUGUUCUCUUAGCAUAUGUCAGAUAUUUUACCACACAUUUGAAAAGAAGUAGAAACAUUUUUGGAAUUGGUUUGGAAUUUUCAAAAAUUAUUUGAGUUGAAACUAAACAUCUCAGGUGAAGUGGUCUGGCUAUUGUUUAAUUGUAUUUGGAUAUGGCAAGUUGGAGACAUUAGCACAUGUUGCCAUUUAAAUGUCAGCAGAUUUUUUAAUAUUUCGUGGCUUCUGGCAUCACACCAAAUAUAAUCUUUGUCACAUGUAACACAUAGGUUGUAGUCCACAAUUUUUCAUGAAGAUUUUGUACAUAAGGUACCAAAAGAUUUUUUUAAGGAGAAAGUUUUUGGCAUUCCAAAUGUUGUAUCAUGACAGAAUAUGAAUAUUAGAUUUUAAACAUGAGCACUGUACUUGAAAAUGUUUUUAAUGUUACAACACAAAGCCAAGCUUAUUGGACUUGAAGAGAGAGAGAGAGAGAGGGGGAGGAUUUAUUUGAGCAUUUGUCUUUAGGACUCAAAUUGGGUCAGUUUCUUAAGACUCCAGUUGUUACAUUGUCUAUAUGUACAUUUGAACUGUUUGUACUUUGUAUUUUAACAUGCUGACUAUUUAGUUUUUAGAUUUGUACAGCUUUGUAGGUGGUUCUGUCAUAACUCAAGAUGUUCAUUUUUUGCUGAGGCUAUAUUUUAACCAGGAACAUGCAAAGGUACUUUUAUUUUGUCUUCGCUGUUAACUGCCAUUCCUUGCAGUUUCAUUUUGAUGCUUUUGAGUUGUUUUCUAGUGUUAAAAUGUUUAAAAAAGUAGUAGAAGUAGUAGUAGCAUACUGACGUUUGAUAAAGGAAACUGAAUCGUUGAUAACAUGUGCCACACGUUGUUUUGAUGUUUUAGAUAUUUGACUGAAAAGUAUCUUUGCUCUGCAAGCUAGUUAAAGGUACAAUUUAAUUGUAUUCGUAUUUUAAAGUUGUAAAUUUUUCCUUCCUGCGAGAAGACAAGUUGCCAUCCUAUGUAUUCUGCAGAAUUACUGCCACCUUGAGCACUGAAUUGUUCUAUGUGAUAUUUAUUUCACCUUCAAAUAGCUGAAAAUGCUACACCAUUUGUUAUAAAACACUGUUAAAAUAAAUCUUAACACUAGCACACCAAGGUACAUUUGGACACACGUCCAAACACCACAACUUCAUUUCAGGGGUAUUCUUAUUUAGCAAAAACGCUCGGAAUCACCCAAUGUCCAACACCGUCACGCUCACUGUUGUUCCAUCUGGCACACUCUGCAGAAUUGCUCACAGUUUUGACAAAUUUAUAAAACUAUAAUCACCUAUCUUAGACGCGUAGUUGUCUGGUUCUAUUUGUACAUUGUAAGUAGAGAAAAAAACCCAAUGUAUGAAGGUCUAAAGUAUUUUUACAUUCCCGAUGUAACUGUAGAUCAGUCGAUGGAUGACGUUUAUCUAAAAUAAAAUGUCAGAAUUUA